AUGCGAAGCAAAUUGCAGAAGCUCUGCCUCGCAUCGCUGAUAGCUCUUGCCCAAGCAGUCUCAGCUGCCCAUAUAUUCAGCCCCCUCGACACACCAGACAAACGCAGUCUGGGGGCAGGAGUCGGAUUGAAAGUAGGUAACGUGCUCAGUCGAGGUCUGACACGGCGGUUUGAAGCUUCGCCUCCCGCAAGGUCAGACUUGCACUUGCCCGAUGGUAUCUUCACCUCUGCGGAUCCCCUCGCGGCCUUGCGCACAUUCUGGCACGACUUCUUUGUCUGGCAAUUUCCUCAACAUUAUUUCAUUCAGCUGUACGUCAUUACUGGCGUGAUCGGAGUCAUCGCUGUUCUAGGAGCUAUGGUGCUGGGCAGAAGGUUGUACACCAAGCAGCUAUGGAUCAUCCGGAUUCAAGAGACCGUCGGAGGCUGCAGGAUCCUCGUUCCGCACACCAUUCUUGCCUUCACGCUGGUCGCCUGCGUAUUCAUUGGCGUGUGGCUUGCCUUCACUUGGCUUCUCAUCGGUGUUCAUCAUUGGGGAGUUACCCCAACGGUAGCAGGAUGGAUGAUCCUUUUGCCGUGGCUGCCUCUAUGGAUCGCAGCCUGGUUAGGAGCCUGGGGCACUUUGUACGCUUCACCAGGCUGGCAAUCGAUGCGGUACCAUGCAACCUCUUGGACCGACGCACGCAAGUGGAUUCCGAAUCCUUUCAUGUGCAAUCUCAUCCUCGUCGGCACCCCCUCGCUGCUGGUGGGCUGCACCGUCGGCAUCACUGUCCCUUUUGGACUCAGAUGGGACAAAGCGGUGCACAUGUGGCAGAUUUGGGAUGGGCAGCAAGCUAACGCGAGCGGCAGCAUAACUCCAGAAGUGCUGUCUCAAGCGUAUGAUAUCUGGGAAGAAGCCGAGGACGCGAUUUGGUGGUUGGGAUUGGGAUUCUUGGUCUGGUGCUUCUGGGCCUACGGAUUUGGUUUGUUCUACUUCUUCGUCGGUUUUGAGCUUCAAAGAACCAUCCGCAAGCAAAUCAGGGAACAGCUGGCUCUUGGAGAACUCGCCAGAAAGGAAGGAGUCACUCCUCACAAUCGGCCAGUGUGGACGGAUGCGGAAGGCGAUACUCGCUCCGAGGACUGUCAGAGCCCCGCCGAGGAAGCAGCGCUUGCCGAGACCGGCGUCGUGGACAUUGCCGCUCCCGGCAAGCUCCAAAAAGAUGACGAGGAAGCCCAGUUUGAGGCGAACUCUCCGAUCAGCUCGUCCACGCCUGCUCCGCAAGCUGUUGGGAAGGGCAAUGUGCGCAAAGGAAAGGAAGCGGAGACGCACGCUGCAAUGAUCGAGCGUGCGCGUCAAGCCCAGACUUACCUCGACGAAGAAGCAGAGCUGCAAGCGCGCUCCACGUUCUGGCCACCUGUGCGCAUGGACGGCAAUGUUGGCGCACCGCGAACACAUCGGUCGCGAGUCAAGCUGCUGAAUGAAGCUCUGCGCAAUCUGCUGACCAUCUGGUCCAGCAUCCUCAUCGCCAUCUUCCUCUACGCUGUAGCCGUGUCAUACUGCGCUUCAGUGGCUAUCGAGUGGACAGCAAGAUCGGACGCCCCUCAAGCGAUUGUGCGCGUCUAUUCUGGGAUUAAUCUGGCUACGGGUUGGCUAAACUGCGUAUGCGGUGGUCUGGUCCUCGUCAUCAUCUGGCUCAACGCUUUCGAACCAAUCUUUUCUAGUCUACGGAGCGGAAAUAGCACAAAUGGCACCGUCGGCAUGACCACGACUGAACGAGGAGCUCAGGGGAUAGCGUCGAGAAGAUACACGAGCAAUGGCGCAGCAAAUGGCAGUCGGAGAGCAUCCAAGCCUUCGUCGUCACUUGGAGCCUUUGCCUUGGGCAGAAGACGACAGAACGCAGCAGGCUCGGACGCUGAAAUCGGAAUGACGAGCACCAAUUGGGCUUCGCAAUCAGCUUCUCGAAUCCGCUUCAGUGGCGCAGGGGCGCCCAACGAGAUGGCGACGACACAACUGAUUCCAGACCCUCAUCACCGCCAAGACAAUAUACCCGAAGACGAAGACGAAGGAGCUUCAUUCUCUCCCGACGUCGCCUUUCCGGGGGGCGAUGCAUCUCGCGAAGACUUUGGAGGAGCUUCGUUCAUAUCCAAUGCCGAGGCUUCUCGGUCAAAUUCGAUGGCAAAGACUCAACGAAGCGCUUCCACAUUUCACUUUGAUGAUGACGGCGAGAAGGGAAUUGCAAUGUAG